CCCGCCUCAACCGUCCUCGCUCUGGGACUUCUCUCUCACACACACUUCACAGUUCGCCGUUUCACCUUCUGAGGAGACGCGUUCGAGAGAAGAGAGAGAGGAAAAAGGAGAGAAAAGGAGAGAAAAGGAGAGAGACUCCCUCUUUUUUUGAGCCACACACCGAGUGCUGUCAAACGAGGAGAAAGACCGGUCGUCGUGGUUCUCUCUCCUCCUCAUGAAGAUGCUCUCGAUAGCCGUGACGCUGGUCCUGGCGAUUUUCGGGCAGUGCGGCAUCCUGGCUGGAAAAGUGAACAAACACAAGCCAUGGAUUGAGACAUCCUACCAUGGAGUCAUCACCGAGAACAUGGACACUGUCCUGCUGGAUCCACCACUUGUAGCCUUGGACAAAGACGCUCCCGUCCCCUAUGCAGGAGAAAUCUGUGCGUUUAAGAUCCACGGGCAGGAGGCGCCGUUCGAGGCGGAGGUGCUGAACAGAACAUCGGGCGAAGGUGUGCUGAGGGCCCGGGGCCCCAUCGACUGCGAGCAACAAAAGGAGUACACCUUCAUUAUCCAGGCCUACGACUGCGGGGCCGGUCCCAAUGGAGCCGGUUGGAAAAAGAGCCACAAAGCGGUGGUUCAUGUCCAGGUGGACGACGUGAACGAGUUCUCGCCGGUGUUCAGGGAGCCGGUGUACCGGGCCACGGUGACGGAAGGGAAGAUUUACGACAGCAUCCUGCAGGUGGAGGCCUGGGACCAGGACUGUUCACCUCAGUACAGCCAAAUCUGCAACUACGAGAUCGUCACGCAGGACACGCCCUUCGCCAUCGACCGCAACGGGAACAUCCGCAACACGGAGCGCCUGAGCUACGACAAGCAGCAGCACUACAAGAUCAUGGUGACCGCGUAUGACUGCGGCCAGAAGAGAGCGACGGAGAGCGUGCCGGUCCACAUCGACGUCAAACCCGUGUGCAAGCCUGGCUGGCAGGGUUGGAAUAAGCGAGUCGACUAUGAGCCUGGGACAGGCAGCAAGCAGCUGUUUCCCAAGAUGCACCUGGAGACAUGUGAUGGCCCACUGUCGUCGGUGCGGGCUAUGGUGGAGCUGCAGACCAGCCACAUUGGGAAAGGCUGUGACCGAGAGACGUACUCAGAGAAAUCCCUGCAGAAACUCUGUGGUGCCGCUUCGGGCAGCACCGAUCUUCUCCCCGCCCCCAGUGCUUCCACCAAUUGGACAGCCUCCCUGCUGACGGACAGUGGGCGGGACAGUGACCUCAUCUUCCGGUUCGAUGGACGGCAGGCCGCCAACAUUCCAGAACGAGUGGUGCCUCAGAACCUUACGGACCAGUUCACUAUCGCAACCUGGAUGAAGCACGGCCCAAGCCCUGGACUGAGAGCCGAAAAGGAGACACUGCUGUGUAACUCUGACAAGACCGAGAUGAACAGGCAUCAUUACUCACUGUACGUUCACAACUGCCGGCUGGUCUUCCUGCUGCGGAGGGACUUCACGCAGAUGGACACAUUCAGGCCGGCUGAGUUCCACUGGAAGCUGGAGCAGAUUUGCGAUAAAGAGUGGCAUUACUACGUGAUCAAUGUGGAGUUUCCUGCCGUGACGCUCUUUGUUGAUGGAGUGACCUAUGAACCCUACCUCGUGACGGACGACUGGCCCAUUCACCCCUCUCAGAUUGACGUGCAGCUGACAGUUGGCGCUUGUUGGCAAGGAGGAGAGGUGACCACUCCGCGCUUCACACAGUACUUCCGGGGAAGCCUCUCAGGGCUGACCAUCCGUCCUGGAAAGAUCGAGACGCAGAAAGUCAUCUCGUGCCUGCAGGCCUGCAAGGAGGGCCUGGACAUCAACUCUCUGGAGAGCCUGGGCAAAGGCAUCAAGUUUCACUUCAACCCAGCUCAAUCUGUGCUGGUGAUGGAAGGAGAUGACUUGGAGAGCAUCAACACAGCGAUGGCAAAGGUUUCCUACAUUAACUCACGACAGUUCCCUACGCCAGGCCUGCGCAGACUCCGUGUAACCACUACUGUUCAAUGUUUUGGUGAGGACACGUGUAUCUCCAUCCCGGAUAUAAAAGCAGUGGUCAUGGUUCUGCCUCCCAGUGAGCCUCGGAUCACCAUUGCAGGUGUGGAGCGGGUGACGUGGCCCGCUGCCGAGUUACGGACCCCCACCGGAGUCACCCUGUUUAAAGACAUCCGCAUCAUCAGCACCGUCACCAAGAGUGACAAUGCUUUCAGCUCAGGCCACAGACCUGGCGUUUUGGAGGUAAUGCAUAACCUUGAUUACUGUGAUGUGCUCGUAAUUGGAGAGGAGUUGAAUCCAGAACAUGAGAGUUUGGAGAUUCACCACAGCUCACUUCUGGGCAAGCAUCUAGACGCCACCAACUCCACUUCUGGAAUCUCAAUCUAUGGUGUGGACUCCAUGGCACAUUACGAGCAGGCCAUCCGGCAGGUGAGGUACCGCAACUGGCGGCCGGCCGGCCUGUCGGAGAGAAAGUUCCGGCUCAGCUGCUCUGAACUCAACGGCCGCUACACCAGCAAUGAGUUUAACCUGGAGAUUGGAGUAGUGCACAGCUCAGAAGCCGUAGAGCAUGUCAAUCACAUGGCCGUUCAAUCCCAGUACAUGAGGCCCGUGCAUCAUCCGCUGGUGGUCCACACUGUCAACUCAGACCACAUCUCAGGCACACCCCCAGCAGCCACAGUAGUUAUAGUGAUGUGCAUCGCCGCCCUGGUGGUCAUUGUGGUCCUGGGCAUCUAUCGCAUUCACACCACCCACCAGGAGGGCACGAAAGGAGAUGAGGAUGGAGGGAAGGAGCCAGAAAUGGACUGGGACGACUCUACCCUCACCAUCACCGUCAAUCCUAUGGAGAACAUCGAUGCCCCUCAGAGCGCUGGCGAGAUCAGGGAGGAGGAGCUGGAGGAGGAAGACGAAGACGACGAGGACGAAGAGGAGCUGGCAGGGGAUCAGUCCAGCGCGGAGUCAGAGGACAGUGAGGAAGAGGAGCAGACGGAAGUGCUGGGCAAAGCAAAGGCCAAGCUGGAGUGGGACCCCUCUACGUUACCUUAUUAACACCCCUCCACAUCUCACACACGCACACACACAGGAUACAC